ACGGCUUAACACCAUUUUUCUAUUAGAUUGGAAGCUCGUCGAGAGUCCCUGCAGCUGAUAAAGGAAAAUUUAACAAACUCCGGCAAUGAAUCCUACCCCACGUCUUGCCUGAUUGGAAACAGCCACAACUACUCUAGCCUCAUUGUCCAGGUGCCGGGACAUAAACCCUUCCAGGUUGCCUGCGACUCCGAGAUGGCCGGACUAGGCUGGUUGGUCAUUCAAAGGCGUCGUGACGGCCUGGUCAACUUUUACCGCGACUGGAACGAAUACAAGGAGGGAUUUGGCAACCUGGCUGGCGACUUCUUUAUCGGUCUGGAAAAACUGAACUGGCUAACGUCAUAUCAGCCAUUCGAGCUCUACAUCCACUUGGAGGAGUAUUACAAUAAAGUGACUGUGUUUGCCAAAUACGACGAGUUCCUCAUUGGCGAAGAGUCGGAAAACUUUGUCCUGAAAGCACUUGGACAGUACUCCGGUACCGCUGGAGAUUCGCUAAGGACCAACAAGGGUCAGGCUUUUUCUACUUUCGACCGGAAAAACGAUGAAGCCGAGAAUAAAAACUGUGCACAAUUCCACCUCGGAGGUUGGUGGUACAAGGAUUGUGGAAAGAGUAAUCUGAAUGCCCAAUAUUUGGAUUAUUAUCAAUAUUUGCCAAAUGACACCGCGCGAUACAUCACCUGGAAUUCUUUUAGCACGAUUGCGCCAAUGAAAAUUGUUCAAAUGAUGAUUCGGCCCAAGUUUGGAUGUUUUUGAAUAGAAAAGGAAGAUUAUCUUUAUGGAAAAUCCUUUUUGAUAAUAAUAAACUGUAUUUUUAAAGUUUUUCUUUAAA